UUUCAAAUUUUUAUUUCAGUGUUAUUCAAUGUCACUCUGAAUUGAAGCAAUCGGUGUUACAUUGACUUUAGUGGUAAGUUUGGUAAUUAUAUUGUGUAAAAUUGCUCAGACUAAAUUAUAAAGUAAGCCGGCUAGUUGAUACAAAUAUUUGGUCUCAGAAAAGCUUUUAUCACCACUUCUUUCAUCUACAUCAAAACUCAAUGAACUGAUUGUACAUAGUUUGGCUGAUAUACCGAUACAGUAACCAUUAUAAAAGUCUCUAUUCGAUACCUUAGCCGCUGCAAGCAUUCGGGUACUAGACUGCUCUCUCACUUUCGCACUACCCAACACUUCAAUACGCAUCGACUAUAAUACGUUUUCCUGAUAAAUAAAAAAAACUAAAUACUAAAAAGAUGGGAUGUGGUUUCAACAGCAGAACCAUCCCUAUUGUAAUGAUUCAAGCAAUCAGCUCUCGACAAAUUAGAAUCGAUCGCUUAAUUUGCUGCUUCAUCAAAUUGGUUACAAUGUUGCAGCAGAGAUGUACUGAGCGCGCAGUCCCGAUGACCUGGUUGAUAAGCUGUCGCAAAGCACACAACUAAUUCACUUGGAAUCAUCGACGAAGUUAGUUCCCCUUCGGACAUCGCUUCAACCUAGUCAUGGCAAUAUUAUUUUUUCUACUGACCAUUUUGGCUUGUACAGCAUCGAACCAUGCCGCCACGUACGUCUGCAGCACGCGGAAGCCCUGUAUCCUCAACAAUGUGGUUCUGGAAUCGGAAACGGAGCUUGAACAGGCUAGCUUCCCCGACAUCAACGAUCCACUAACCAUCGCAUCCGGAAAGAUCCCUAACUUUACCCGUAAACUGUCCGAGAAGUUGGAGAAAAUUUUCGAUCUGACGAUGAAUCGUGUGGAGUGCGAAACGGUUUUCAUCCGUCCGGAGAUGGUUCACCUGGAGGCAACCGAUAACCGCAUCAAUACGCUUCUGGUGGAUGAUAACAAGGAUCGUAGCUACGAGCUGCUUUCGUUGAAUUUGACCAAUAACCAAUUCAGCAAAAUUGGGGUUCUGCCGAGGUUCACCAAGUUGCGUUUAUUGGCUCUGGACGGGAACGGUCUGGAACUAGUUUCGAUGGAUACGUUUGGGAAGUUGUCCGAUCUACGGCACCUUUCGCUCGCUAACAAUAAGCUGUAUACGCUCGAUACGAGCGGUACUUUUCAGUUGGAUAAAUUGCAGUACUUAUCGCUGGCUGGGAACCCAUUGCUAGAUUUAAAUAUUGAACAAUGGGAACUAGCUUCACUCAAGGAGCUGGAUUUGAGUGGUAACAAGUUGUAUUGGAUGAGUGGGAGUUUGGAGCGUUUCAAACAGCUCAAACAGGCCAGAAUUGCUGGGAAUUAUUGGAAGUGUGAGAAGUUGAUGAGUAUGGUUCUAGCCUCAUCGUCGGUUAUAGUUGAUCAGGACUCGUCAGAUCGGUGUAGCAGUCAGGGUCUGACAGUCGUGCAGAACAUUUGCUGUGAAGAGGACGCUUCCAAAAUUUUGGGUAUUUCUGAGCCAGAGUUGUUCGGUGACAAAUGGGAGCAAAUUAAGGACUUGGACAAAGCUGUUCAAGAAAUGAAAGACUCGUGGGGUGAACAUAAAAUGCAACUUACUAAGGAAAUAAGUGCUAAAGAGGCUGCUCAAGAGAAGCGAUUUACGUUAGUGGAAGAGCAUUUGAAGAAAUUGAACGAGAAGAUAGCAGAAAAGGAGUCUAAAGUGGCUAUUGAUGAAACAAACCAACUGAAGGAUGUUGUAACGGAUCAUAAAAAAUCCAUUACCAAGCUGGAGCAAAAACAAUUGGAAUUGAACAAGCAAUUGGAAGAGUUUGUUGAGCGGCUCAGCUCAAUGCGAGAAUCCUUGGAGCAGAAGAUUACUACGGUAGCGGAGUUGGCUGAAAAGAACAGUAAGCCCGAAAGUGUUCCGAACAGUUCAAUCGCUCCGGAGUCCGUUGGAAAAAGUGCCUCUAACCUUGAAGCCUCGUUAAAGCACCUAGAAAAUCAACAAUUUAAGUAUCAUAUGUCCAGUAUAGAUCUCAAAAAUCAGAUCAAUACGGAACGCGGGCGAAUCAACGAUGUACUGAAACAGCUGGUGACAUUAUCUCGCGAGAGCGAACUUCUGAAACAUGAAGUUGAUCAGGCACGGGGAAACAUCAGUAUGAUGACAAGAAUGAUCGAUGAAAUUGCUAUAAUUGACGACUAAUUGAUACAAUAGAUUAAUUCUUGGAAA